ACUUGACGACUUGACCUUUGCACCACCGAGUUCAAUGCCACAACUGUAUAUAUGCUUGUCUGCUUAUCACACGGAUGUCCUUGCUGGCAGCGGCUUCACGGUUUUUACGGUUCGAGAAUUUUCAAUCUCAAUCUGACAACCAGCAACCCGUUACAAUACUCACCACACAAUGUCAAUCUUGCUCAAGUUUAAUGUGAUUUUGUAGUCUCUCAUGAAUUAGGUGCUGUUUUCUCGUAUUUAUUCAUCUAUCAUUGGAAUGAUUAUCAAUAAUUGAUACCGGCGUGUCCACAGUAUUCGAAGGUAUUUCGAAAUAAUAGUGAAAUCUGAGACCUCUGAGACAGUGGUCUAACAUUGUGUAUUAAUGGCGUCGAAAAGUGAGUUACCAGGUGUUUCACUGCCAUUCGCUAUUCUAAUAAUCAGCUUGGCUUCUUUGUGCUUUUCAAAUUCAUACAACGGUCAUUUUGUUUUUGACGACUCAGUGGCUAUUGUCAACAAUCCAGAUGUCAAAGAUACCCCCCUAACAAAUUUAUUCUUUAAUGAUUUUUGGGGCACAAAACUUUCUCACAAACAGAGCCACAGGUCGUACAGACCACUCACUAUUCUGACAUUCAGAUUUCAUUACUGGCUUAGAGGAGAUUUGGACCCAAUGGAUUUUCACAUUGUCAACAUUGCUUUGCACACUUUAGUUUGCAUUUUGACGCUUUAUGUAUUUAAUUUACUAUUGGCUUGGAGAGCGCAAAGUGUUGCAUUUUAUGCAACGUUAUUAUUUGCAGUUCAUCCGUGUCACACAGAAGCUGUAUCAGGAAUUGUGGGAAGAGCUGAUGUAUUGUGCACUUUUUUCUCAUGGCUCUCAUUAAUAUUUUACGACCGUUGCAUUUAUGCGAAACAAAGAAAUUUCUCAAUUUUCUUUUUGGUCUCAUCAAUUGUGUGCAUAAGUGUAGCAAUGUUUUGCAAAGAAAUUGGAAUAACUUCGAUAGCAAUUUGUGGAAUGUAUGACAUACUAAUAGUCAACAAAUUGUCUCCGUAUGAAAUCAUGAGAAUGUUGAAAUUUCAAUUUUCAUGGAGUAACGUAAAAAACGUUUGUAUGGAAAAAUCAAGCUUGAUUAAACGUUUAACGACGCUUACUUUCGUUGGUAUAAUUCUCGUAUCGACGAGAUUCAGUAUUAUGGGAUUUUCAAUACCAACUUUUCAAGCGGUUGAUAAUCCAGCUGCAUUCGUUGAUAAUUUCUUUGAUCGUGUUGUCAAUUAUAAUUAUAUUUAUUGUUUGAAUCUGUGGCUAUUAAUUUGUCCUGAGUGGCUUUGUUUUGAUUGGUCCAUGGGCUGCAUUCCCCUCAUUACCGGUUACGAUCGAAGAAUCCUCGCUGUUUUUGGAUUUCUCAUAAUUAUUGGAUUUUUCAUUCGUACUGUUAUCAGUCCGACGAACAGGACAAAUUCGAGGUUCGUGGGAAUGGGAUUGUCACUACUGAUCAUUCCAUUUUUGCCAUCAAGCAAUAUAUUCUUCACCGUUGGUUUCGUUCUCGCAGAAAGAACGUUGUAUUUACCCUCCGCCGGAUAUUGCUUGCUCGUAGCGGUUGGUCUGGAAAAUAUUUUUGUCAAAUUUGGUAGAUCAAAAAUCCCGGUCUUUCUUUAUGGGAUAUUAAUCGUUGUGUAUUUCGGACGGUCUUGGAUAAGAAGCGAGCAAUGGAGACACGAAAAAUCCCUUUUUCGUUCAGCUCUUGGAGUUUGCCCUUUGAAUGCUAAAGUUCAUUACAACAUUGCCAAAAAUGCAGCAGAUUUAGGCGACUCGAAUCUCGCCGGAGCCGAAUACAGAGAAGCUUUAAGACUCAAUCCCGACUACGCUCAAGCUAUGAACAAUCUUGGAAAUCUUAUGAAAGAACAAAACAAGUAUGAAGAAGCUGAAAAACUUUUUAGACGCGCUUUGGAAUUGCAGCAAGAUUUUGCAACAGCGUGGAUGAAUUUGGGAAUCGUGCUGUCAGCCUUAAAGAGGUACAACGAAUCAGAAAAAAGCUACGAAACUGCGUUGUUGCAUAGGCCGAUAUGCCCUGAUUGUUAUUACAAUUUGGGAGUUUCGUUUUUGGAAACUAAAGAACAUGAGAAGGCGUUACAAGCUUGGCAAAAAGCAAUCGCUCAGAAAGCAACUCAUCGAAGGGCAUGGGUGAAUUGGGUUCGCUUGCUAGACGAUUUAGGCAAGCCCAGCGAAGCACUGAAGGUGGCACGAACAGGGUUAAAAUUUAUACCGGAUGAUUCAACGUUACAUUUCAACAUAGGAAACAUACUUGGUAAAGCGGGUCGCUUUGAGGAAGCAGAAAUCGAAUUUAAAGAGGCAAUCUCAAAAGAUUCGAAGAAUCCCACGAUCUUGACGAAUUUAGGAGUCUUAUACCAUAGAUGGGGAAAGUAUGAGGAGGCUGAAUUAAUGUACAAAAAUGCCCUAACGAUAAAGCCAGAUCUCCAGAGUGCAAAGGAUAAUUUGAAAAAACUUUAUUCGCGACAGAACAUGAAAGCUCGAGGAACGAAAAUUGUGAACUGACGAGAGAAAUAAAUAAAUGCGAUUCUGAUCGGGAUCACGUUGCAGAA